GAAUAAGGGCACGCCUGCGACCAAGUACAGGUUUCGUAUUUCACGGCGCGCCAACAGAUUGACAGCUUAGUGCACCGGCCACUGUGAAAGAGGCUAAAGGUUUGUGCGGCAGACCGCCGACCCAAAGGCUACAUCGACAUGUCCACUGGGUGACUCACAGUUCAUGCUCAAGUUCAAGCCCGGAUGAAUGGAUGGAUGGAGGAUGAAUGUUGCCCUCACGAGCACAAUGCUGAGAUCAGACCUCAGAGCAAAGCUAGGGAGGCGGGGCUGCGUGCUGACAGUAUUGUGGGCGGCAGCGGUAGUCGUGAUGCUGCUGCUGGCACACGUGGCGUUGCACCAGCACCACUACACCUUCCGUAACCCUUUCAGUCUCCACCUUCGCAGCGCGUCCCAGCACACAUACCUGUUGCCCACCGGACCUCGCGCCGGGAAUCAGGUCUUGUACCAGCAGGACGCCAUUCAGGAGCUGAACAGCAUGUGGACGGAGGAAUCGCGGGCGGCGUGGGUGGCGGUGCUGCAGGAGCGGCGGGACAGGCUGCGGGAGGCAUGUCGCCGCACCAACCACACGGGGCGUCUCUCCUUCCAGUCUGACCUGCUGCCGCGCCGCAGCCUGGUGUGGGCCGCGCCGCUCGGCGUUGUCUGGUGCCCCAUCUUCAAGGCGGGCUCAACUACGUGGACCAAGAACUUGCUACUGGCCUCAAACAAUGCGAGUGGAAAAGCAAACCUUCACGCAGAGCUGCGGGAGCUGUACCCGCCGCCCGCCUCCGCUACGGAGCAGGAGAGGAUGCUCAACAUCUCCAUGAGGCUGAUCGUCGUGCGCCACCCCUUCGAGCGGCUCCUGUCCGCCUACCGGGACAAGAUGCUCCGGGUCCGGAACCCACAAGAUCCGUGCAUCAAACAGCAGCAAGAGAUUGCCCACUCCUACAUGGACACGGAGGCGCAGCCACUGCCCUACUCGCCGGAGGAGCUACAGAAAGCCACCGACGAUCGCCAUAAUGCCACCGGUUUGGUCCAUCCAACCUUCACGCAGUUUCUUAAGAAAGUUCGUGAUGACGUAAGGAAAAAAGGAGGGAAAAAGAACCGUCAGGUCAACAACCACUGGCGGCCGUUCUGGAUCGCCUGCGAGCCCUGCCACCUGGACUACGACGUCAUCGCCCACGUGGAGACCCUCGCGGAGGACCAGGAGUUUGUCAUCCGGGAGCUGGGCCUCCAGGACCGGCUGCGGCCCGCCCGCACACACGCGUCCAAGUUUGACGGCUACAACGACACAAGCACGGCGUCCGAGGCUUACUUCAGGAAGGUGCCGCUGAAGCUGAUGGAGUCCCUGGCAGAACUUCUCCGCCCGGACUUCGAUAUGUUCGGGUACUCCCCCCACAAGUACAUCGCCAUGGCCGCCCCGCCCAGAGAUAACACCAUAAGCUGAGGCCUUGGCUGACCGGAGCACGAAUCCUUAAGCGUAUCGGCACCUCGGUUUCCCUGUUUGAAAAGCCUCUUGCAGAGAGAUUGAGCGAUUCUUACAUUCAUGAUGCAGAGGCCUCAUCAAACUAUCACUGGGCUCCUUGGAAAUAUCUACAACCUCUACGAAAGCUUAAUCAUAUGUGAGUGUGAAAGCCCUGAGAUGUUUGAGAAUGUAGGCCUUGAAAGCUUCAUGUAAAUAAGACAAUGGCGGAGUAGUAAGAAAGAACGCAGCCACCCGCUCUGCUGACACUACCUGAAGAUAUGUGAGCAUGACUGUUCAUUGCUCAAUAGGGUAAAAUAUGGGUAAGCUUCAGGCUGUUAAUUUAUCAUGCUUAAUUUAUUAUAGUUUAUUUAUUAUUGCUAAUUAUUAUAAUUAAUUUAAAUAUAGAGUAAAUUUAUUAUAGUUUAUUUAUUAUCGAGUUAAAACUGAGCAUUUCUGUAUUUUGAAUAUAAUAACA